AUGAAACAGCCAUGGCCAAAUCCCCGAGUCUGGAGACUCUCACAUAUCCUCCCUAGAGCAGCACAGACUCGCAAUUUCUCCGCAUCAUUGACCCAACAAUAUCGCACCCUCGAGACCCUCGAAAAUGCCACCCUCGAGACUUUCCAGCAGGAAUGCUUCCAGGCAGAAAAGCCCGCGAUCCUCCCAUGUGCCGAAUUCCAAAAUCUUCCGGCAUUAAAACACUGGUUUAAACCCAGCCAACAUAAACCAACUACAAAAGGCACAACCCCCACUGCCAGCCUAAAUGUGGAUUAUCUCCAAAAACACGGCGCCAACGCGUUCGUCCCGCUCGAACUCACCGAAUCGGCACGCGACUCAAACCUCCAAAGCGACGCGACAGAAACACUUAGCUUCCGACAAUUUCACGCUCCGCUCACCCUCUUCCUAGACUGGAUGCGCAUGGCAGAAACAACCCCGCAAUCAACACGACUCUACUUAGCCCAAUGCCAACUCCUCGAUCUCCCACCCAUUCUCAGAGCCGACUUUCCCACACCGGACCUCGUGUCACGCGCCGGUAAGGGCGAUGUCUACGAUACGAAUGUGUGGAUCGGACACCCGCCCACAUAUACCCCACUCCACAGAGAUCCAAACCCAAAUUUGUUUGUCCAGUUGGCCGGACAGAAGGUUGUGAGACUGCUCGCGCCGGAGGAUGGACAGGCUGUGUUUGGGGCUGUGAGGAGGCAGCUGGGGAAGAGUGGGGAUCGGGAGGCUGCUGCAAUUCGGGGCGAGGAGAUGAUGCACGGGAGGGAGAGGAUUUUGCUUGAUGAGAUGGUUUGGGGGAGUCCUGUUUCUGCCGGCGGGGAUGGGGUUGGGCUUGAGGCUAGGCUUGGGGAUGGGGAUGGGUUGUUUAUUCCCAAGGGGUGGUGGCAUAGUAUUAAGGGUGUCGGAGAGGGUGUCACGGCUUCGGUCAACUGGUGGUUCCGAUAG